CCAAGCCAAGACUAGAAGGGCACGGGCGGAGCGCGCUCUGGGGGCGCCCGGAGUUCCAGGCCCCGCUUGCCCGCCGGGCCAUGAAGAUGAUCCUGGUGCGCAGGUUCCGCGUGCUCAUCCUGAUGGCGUUCCUGGUGGCCUGCGCGCUGCACAUCGUGCUGGAUCUGCUGCCCAAGCUGGAGCGGAGCGGAGCGCAGCCCUCGGGGGAACCCGGCUGCUCCUGCGCGCAGCCCGCGGCCGAGGCGGCAGCAGGCGGCUGGGCCCAGGCGCGCGGACGCCCCGGGGAGCCCCCGGCAGCAGCCUCCGCCGCCGGCGACGCAGGCUGGCCCAACAAGCACACACUGCGCAUCCUGCAGGACUUCAGCUCCGACCCUUCCUCCAACCUCACGUCCCACUCGCUUGAAAAACUGCCACCCGCAGCCGAACCGGCCGAGGGCGCCUUGCCGGGGCAGGAUCCCGGCGCCCUGCGACCCUUAGACCCCGCUCACCGGCCGCUGCUCAGAGACCCCGGUGCGCGUGGACCUGUGCCGCCCCCCGGCCCGAGCGGGGACGGCUCCCUCCUGGCCAGGCUGUUCCAGCACCCACUGUACCAGGUAGCCAUUCCGCCGCUAACGGAGGACGACGUCCUCUUCAACGUGAACAGCGACAUCAGGUUCAACCCCAAGGCGGCGGCAGCGGAGAACCCAGACUGGCCACACGAAGGUCCCGAGGAUGAAUUCCUACCCACGGGGGAGGCGGCCGUGGACUUGUAUCCCAACUGGCUCAAGUUCCACAUCGGCAUCAACCGCUAUGAGCUGUACUCUCGACACGACCCAGCGGUGGAGGCCCUGCUGCGUGACCUCGGCGCCCAGAAGAUCACCAGUGUCGCCAUGAAGUCUGGGGGCACACAGCUCAAGCUCAUCGUGACCUUCCAGAACUACGGGCAAGCGCUGUUCAAACCCAUGAAGCAAACGAGGGAGCAGGAGACACCCCCUGACUUCUUCUAUUUCUCCGAUUACGAGAGGCAUAACGCAGAGAUCGCUGCCUUCCACCUGGACAGGAUCCUGGACUUCCGCCGGGUCCCUCCCGUGGCCGGGAGGAUGGUGAACAUGACCAAGGAGAUCCGGGACGUCACGCGGGACAAGAAGCUGUGGAGAACCUUCUUCAUUUCCCCAGCCAACAACAUCUGCUUCUACGGGGAGUGUCCCUACUACUGCUCCACGGAGCACGCCCUGUGCGGGAAGCCAGACCAGAUCGAGGGCUCGCUGGCCGCCUUUCUGCCUGACCUGUCCCUGGCCAAGAGGAAGACCUGGCGGAACCCCUGGCGACGCUCAUACCACAAGCGCAAGAAGGCAGAGUGGGAAGUGGACCCUGACUACUGCGAGGAGGUGAAGCAGACGCCCCCCUACGACAGCAGCCACCGCAUCCUGGACGUCAUGGACAUGACCAUCUUCGACUUCCUCAUGGGAAACAUGGACCGCCAUCACUACGAGACCUUCGAGAAGUUUGGGAACAAGACGUUUAUCAUCCACUUGGACAAUGGGAGAGGGUUUGGAAAAUACUCCCACGACGAGCUCUCCAUCCUGGUGCCUUUACAGCAGUGCUGCAGGAUCAGGAGGUCCACGUACCUGAGGCUGCAGCUCCUGGCUAAGGAGGAGUUCAAGCUGAGCCUGCUGCUGGCCGAGUCCCUGCGCAGGGACCGCGUGGCCCCCGUCCUGUACCAGCCGCACCUGGAGGCUCUGGACCGGCGGCUGCGCCUUGUGCUCCAGGCGGUCGGGCGCUGCGUGGAGAAGGACGGGCUGCACAGCGUCGUGGAGGACGACCUGAGCCCCGAGCACAGAGCCUCUGCUGGGAGGUAGUGACCGCGAGCCGCGGCCAGGCCAGCUGCCGGGGCACACGGGCCAACGCCGGGGCGGACGGGCUGCCCGGGGACGCGUGUCCCUCACUUUCCAGACCAGGGCGGGCCGGCGGGAGCGCUCUGCCCCCGCGGACAGGGGCGGCCUGGCGGUGGGCCACCACCCUUUCGUAUGGAAAGGCAGUCUUUAUUUACUAUUUUGUAUUUAUACCUGGUGUAAAUGUACGUCAAUAGAGACAUCUAUGCAGACCCCGACCACCCAGCACAUCACACGGAGGGGCCGCCCAGCAGGGCCAAGCGCUCCUGCGAAGGGCUCCCACUCUGGACCGAACGUACAGUACAGACUCUCCUCCCUCCCCGGGGCUGAGAGGUGUCGUCUGGGG